AACAACAAUGACGCCAAUACGACGAGUAACAUAACCAACGAGGCGAGCUGGGAAGUAUUGCGUGUUUUAUACAAGUCCAUUAAUGCGGGUGCUGCGCGAAUUUGUGGAAAAGCGAAUGUUACCAGUAUGCCAAAAGCCGUCGGGAUCGUUAUUUUAUCGGUGGUCCUCUGGACGUCGCAGAUAGACUGCCAAGAGGCUAUCCUCCACAUAGACAAUGGAACUGCAAACAAGGAGUACUGCCUUGUUUACAGUCAGAGUUGGACGUCCCUCUCGCAAACUCUUGAGAAUGCCGAGCCGUAUCCACUGGUGAAUCUGACAUCCACUGUGCUGUGUGACCCCUCAGGGGUCAAACCAGAUGCAGUUCAGGGCAAGGUGCCGGUAGUGAUGAGGGGCGAAUGUGACUUCAGCCAGAAAGUGUUGGUUGCUCAGGGCCUUGGAGCCAAGGCUCUGCUCAUUGCCAGCAACACUUCUUUGAUUACUCCAUCAGCCAAUGAGUCAGAGUAUGCAAAGGUCUACAUUCCUCUGGCUCUCAUGAGAUAUAGAGACUUCCUUGAUGCACAAAAGGUGUUUGGUGAAAGGAUGGAAGUGAAACUGUAUGCUCCACCACAAACCAAAAUUGAUCCAAGCAUUGCAGUCAUGCUGCUGAUUUCUAUUUCCACUGUUGCCUUGGGAGGGUACUGGAGUGGGGCUUGUGAGAGAGAGCGCUUGAGCAAUAUUGCAGCUGGUGGAGGGAAGGGAGAACCCAAAGCAGAUAGUGGAGAUCUGUCCCUUUACUCUCCUCUCAAAGUGGUCAUCUUUGUAGCCCUGAUGUGUGGGAUGCUGGUCCUUAUGUACUUCUUCUACAAUAUUCUUGUUUACGUCAUCAUUGCCAUAUUCUGCCUGGCGUCUGCCACAGCACUGUUCAGCUGUCUAGACGCAGUGUUGGACAAGAUAGGCUGCGGCACUAUGAGUUUCUCUAUUCGGAAUUGGAGCUUCUCUGUGAGGUCUCUUAUAUUGGCUGCGGUGUGCAUCAGCAUAGCUGUGAUCUGGGGGGUCUAUAGGAAUGAAGAUGGAUGGAUCUGGAUCUUGCAGGACCUUCUUGGCAUUGCCUUCUGCCUCAACUUCAUGAAGACCAUUUCACUGUCCAAUUUCAAGAUCUGUGUGAUUCUGCUUAGUUUGCUGCUUGUGUACGAUGUCUUCUUCGUUUUCAUCACUCCUUUCUUCACUAAGAAUGGAGUGAGCAUUAUGGUGCAGGUUGCUUUGGGCCCUGAUGCAUCUGGAGAGAAAACACAGGGUAACAUGGUGGAGGUCCCUGCCGAACCCCAGGCGCCCUCUGAGAAAUUGCCAGUGGUGAUGCGUGUCCCACGUUUCGCAGCCUGGGCUCAGAACUUGUGUGGGAUGCAGUUCUCUAUUCUGGGAUAUGGCGACAUCAUCGUUCCAGGUCUGCUUGUGGCCUACUGCAGCAGGUUUGAUGUAUGGAUCAACAGCACCAAGAAGAUCUACUUCGUCAGCAGCUGCAUAGCAUAUCUCCUGGGCAUGGGAGUGACAUUUGCUGUGAUGCUGUUAUCAGGAAUGGGCCAGCCCGCUCUGCUCUACCUGGUGCCAUUCACCCUGAUAACCUCAUGCCUGGUGGCUGUUUAUAGGGGAGAGAUUAAGCAAUUCUGGGCAGGAACUACAUAUGAGGUGUUGGACUCAUCCAGGGAACCAUUGUUGCCAGAGGGAAGAGCUGACUGCUCCGUAGGAGGAGAAAGAUGCUGAUUUAUGCUAAUGGGAAAGGAACCAACUGCUGACAUUUUUGGAUGACCAUUUGGUUAUGAACAUUUGCAGAGCAAGGGAACAUAAUUUUUGAUCAACAGAGGUUUUUAGUAAAAAUUGUUCACUGUAACUAAUUUGAAGGGUUGGGAGGGUAGUUUUCUGGUGACUAAUAAAUACCGCCUAGAUAGAACAGACAGAUGCUUUACAGGUUUCAUAGGCUGAUUUGUUUCUGAAAAUGGCACAAACAUCAUGACAUUAAGUUCAAGUCAGGAAACCUGCUAUGAUGUUGCCUACAUAUGAUGCCUUGGUGAUAAUAGCAUACAACUGAAUGAGAAAGCACUUUAGAAUACUCACUUUCUGCUGAUGUUUCAAGGAUGGGGCUAGGGUGUUGGACAACUAGCCAGAAAAUGACAACUUUUUGAAUGGUGUUUUGGGUUUCUGUGUAAAUUGUGAAACUGAUUCACAUAAUUUCUUUCAUUGCCUUAUAUAUCAAAUGAAUUGCUUAUUUCUGUUUUGCGGAGGUUUAUUUGAAUAAAAAAUACUUCUUUA